UAAGAUAGAUUGUCUGCCAAAGACGUAGCUUGAGAUCCAAGACUCACAUGGAAAGAGAUUUCAAGAGUUUAGAUCCUAUGAUUAACUCUUUCUCGUUGAGGCAAAUCAAAGCAGCUACAAACAACUUUGAUACUGCAAACAGGAUUGGAGAAGGUGGUUUUGGUCCUGUACACAAGGGAAAGUUGCCUGAUGGGACAAUAAUCGCGGUGAAACAGCUUUCUACGGGAUCAAAACAAGGGAACCGCGAGUUCUUGAAUGAGAUUGGAAUGAUCUCAGCUCUGCAUCACCCAAAUCUAGUCAAACUAUAUGGAUGUUGUGUUGAAGGAGACCAGCUUUUGCUAGUCUAUGAGUAUGUGGAAAACAACUGCCUUGCUAGAGCAUUGUUUGGUCCUCAAGAAACUCAGCUGAGAUUGGAUUGGCCAACAAGGAGGAAGAUCUGCAUCGGUGUAGCGAGAGGACUAGCGUAUCUCCACGAGGAAUCAAGGAUAAAGAUUGUGCACAGAGACAUCAAAGCCACUAAUGUAUUGUUAGACAAAGAAAUGAACUCCAAGAUAUCAGACUUUGGUCUUGCCAAGCUUAAUGAAGAUGACAACACUCACAUUAGCACUAGAGUUGCUGGAACAUUUGGUUACAUGGCUCCAGAGUACGCCAUGAGAGGCCAUUUGACAGAUAAAGUUGAUGUGUACAGCUUUGGUAUUGUAGCUCUAGAGAUUGUUCAUGGAAGAAGCAAUAAGAUAAACCAAUCUCCAUCCAAUUACAACACUCCCUACGUUAUUGACUGGGUAACAAUCUUGAGGGAGCAGAACAACCUGUUGGAGCUGGUGGAUCCGAGGCUAGGAUCAGAUUACAACAGAGAAGAAGCAAUGACCAUGCUUCAAGUGGUGAUACUGUGUACAAGUCCUGAUCCGAGUGAUAGACCAUUGAUGUCAGAAGUGGUAAAGAUGCUGGAAGGUGAGAAGAUGGUGGAGCUGGAGAAGCUUGAAGAAGCUUCAGUUUAUAGAGAGACAAAGAGACUUGAGAAUAUGAACACUAUGAAGAAGUAUUACGAAAUGAUAGGGAGCGAGACUAGCAUGACCAUAACCAUGACCAUUACUGACCAAACUACCUCGUCAAAGCAUUAA